GCCGCAACUCUCGGGUGACGUUUGGUUAUCCAGGCGCAGGCUGCAACGCUGAUCGCACUUUGCCACGCCCGGGCUCACAGGAGUCUCGCUGCUACACGAGCUUCACCAGGACCGGCAGCGGAAGUCGAAGCGAAGGUGGCCGCUCUACACCGGAAGGCACUGGCAGCGACUGGAUCCGCAGGACGACCCUGGCCGCAAUGUCUGGAGCCUUGAGAACAAACUCUUCAACUUCAUCGUUGCAGAGGGCGGAGACGCCAGAGCCGGAGCUGUCGACCUUCAGCGUGCCUCCCAGGGAGCCCCGCUUCCCGUCUGGCCGAACUCGAGUGGUCAGUGCAACUGUGUACUCGUAUCCCUUCGCCAAGCGACCCAUUGAGUCGAAGACUGCCCGAAGCGUGGAAUCUGGCGGACAUGUUUCGCCCGUCGGCUCCGAACAGAAUCCCCGGUCAUUGCCGGCUGCAGCACGACAGCUCGAGAAGCGCUGUGCCACUGUGACUGGCUCGCCUCAACAUGUUGCUGCCAAGAUGCAUGCGGCCCCUGAGUCUCGAGCGAAGAGCAUGGGCGCAGAAUCUUCAAAGUCGGCGGAGUCCGCAGGCAGCGCUGGCAAAGCUGGCAGAGGCGCGGCUGCGCGACUGCCCGGCACCGGACCCGGCGGGUUCCCUGUCGGAAGCUGCCGGGGAAACCUUUCUGAUGCUGGCAAAAGGAGACCGAGCACUGCAAGUGCUGCAACCGCCAGGGCAUCCUCGACCGGGCCUGGAGAAGCAUCGCCGCGGGAGAUGCGCGCCACGGCCAAAUCUGCAGAUGGGCCCAUCA